UCGCUUAAUUUAGAACCUAACUAUCUUGUUGAUAAAACAUUUUUUCAUGUGGGUUGCGGACCGUGCGGUAUGACGAACGACGCGAUGGUUGAAGUUUUUGCAGCGUUGUCCUUGUUUGUUGGUAUUCAAAAUUUAAUGACCCAUCUUGAUACUGGUCUGUAUUUCAAUGUUUUGGAGAUGGUGUGUGCCGUAGGAAGGUAUGACAAAUGUUUGCAUUAUUAUACUGAAGAAAAGGUUAAUGACAAUAGUGGCAAUGGUGUAUGA